UAUGACGUGACUAUAAAUAUGAUCUGCGGUCCACUUUAGUCAUGCAGCCCAGUCAGAUGCUCAAGAACCGUUGGUUGGUGCUGACUACUCGUAAGGUUCAGUGCCUUUUCACAGGUGCCGAGGGGGGUCAGGAAAAUUUCAUGAAUCCGUGGAAGAACAACUUUGGGCAGUAAAAAUUCUGCCAAAUCUCUGAGGUCAACCAUCUAGACUCUCAUCCUUUCAUCAUCGAGACCAGUGAAAUGUAACCAAAAGGGCCUAGUCUUCCGGACAGAUCCUUACGCUAGACUCGAUGUGGCGAAACCGCUAAGCCUAUACAAGGCUGACGUGCCACUGUUAUCGAUAAGCCUCCCCCCCGGACCGUGCGGGAUCAUCAUACGCAAGUCGUCACGUCACUCUCGGCCACCGAUGACUCUUCCUUAUAUUAUUACUGUCUGUCAAGAGUGUUCUUCUUCAUCCUCUUAGUAUCUAUCUCCUUAUUUAUCUUGGUCAAAGAUUUCACACCAGAAUACCACAAUAUCAAAGGUUUGCGCGCCUGUGAACUACAAUUUUCCACUUUCAAUACAAGCCCCACUUCAGAUAGUGACAUUAAACGCACUAUCACAAUAGCGUCCGUGUGCUAUCGCCUACCUGCAUACAUCUAUUCAACUCUAUUCAGCCAUCUGAGCUGUCAGGAGACAGGUCUCGAACUUAUUCUACGACAGCUUCACCGUCUAUUCAAUAGCAUGGCCUCCACCGGAGAAGCCAUCUAUAUGACACCCUACUCGCCCUACCCUUCUCAUCACCAGCAGGAUUUGGACCUGAACAUGAACAGCUCCUGCUGCCGUUACCUCUCAGCUUCACCAAGUCGCCAGUCACUUCGACGCCAGCGAUCCUCGUCGAUCCCUUCGAUUUGCUUUGACGGAUAUCUCGAGCACCUCCCCGUCGAGCCAAAGAAGAAACGCGAGUGCACCAGUUACUACAACAAUCACCCCCGCCGUCACUCUCGCGGCCCACGACGCACAAUGAGGUAUUCCCGAGACAGUCAACUCGUCAAUCCUGACGUCAUCGAUCGCCUGGAUAGUGCUGGCUUUUAUCAGUAUCAUCAUGAAGGGCCAUACGAUGCAGUAUACCCGGAAAGGAAUUUCGACAGCAAGUUGAGCCCCGUCGAAGCCGUCAAAAGAACGAACGAGGAAGCUUUGAAGGCCACCCCCGAGAAUAAGAUUAAAGACAGCAUUAACAGUCAUCGUCCUCUCGAUGGGGUGGCUUUCUAUCCACCUGGUACUACGGAUAGGGAAGGACAAAUUUAUAACUACGAGGAGGGUACCAAUAUGAUGAACGACUAUGGUAACUUUAUGCGCUGCCCCGGCUUGAAAUUCACCGAAGAAGACUUCAAGAAUGAUCCUUUCUACAACACGCCACUUCCAAAGCCAUUCGCCUCCCUCAGAAGGGUACUAAGCCUGCGUCGCAGAAACCGCAGGAGUACCCAGUGAGUGAAUUCGACUUCUCCAUCUCCGAAGGUUAUUUAAGGGAUAUAUAAAGGGUUAAGAUUGAUAAAUAGGGCUAGGAUGUCAGGGAUUUGACAACACAAUAUGAUACCUCAUGUUUUGUUAUGUACUUCAGCAUCAUGCUGACCACGGAAUGGGCUGAUAUAUGGGUUUGUUCGGAGUUUUGGGCAUGGAGUGAUGGAUUGAUUAUCUUUCAUGUUGUUCGGCUUUCUGUAAUUAUAAAUGUCCGUCAAGAUCUCAACGUGCUUCCUCCUAUCCCCGUUGAACUUGAUCAUGGUCAUGAUUGGGCAUGUUUAAUGUUGUCCGAAUCUACUCCUGUACCCACUGCCCAUCAGAGAACCAACUGGACUUUCCUUGCCUCUCGGAUGCAACAUCACAAGUCCGAUCGAGUGCAAUCGAAUCAACUUACUUCUACCUCUCGGAUAUGACAAUGAAUCCGAUAGAGGGACACUUUACGAAAAA